AUGACUAGUGAUUUCGACGAAACAUCCUUCACGACGCCUUUCAAGCUGGAGUCUCUUCGCUUAAGGAACUAUUAUGAACCAGUCCUCAACAGUUUCUUUUGCUCGCCUAGAGCUGUCGACUUCUCGCAUCUCCGGAAAUUGGACGUUUGUAUCAUCGUGGAAGACAAGUACAUCACAUGCAUUCGUCUUUUGGCUGCCGCGGAAAGACUUGAAACACUCAAGAUCAUCUUGAAUGAUUGUGUUGAAGUCGACAACCACGGACAGCUUCCAUUCCCUCUGGCGUACAUCCGGCCGACCUCCUAUGCCACGCUCAAACACCUUUCUCUCACAAACUACCACUUCGUCGAAAGCCCCAUCUCAUUCACCACACAAUUUGUCGGUUUAUGUGAUGGCCGGUCGUCCUUGCUCCGCGCUUGGCCAAGGCCUUCCAAUGAAGGUUGGGAAGAGGCCCUAGAAUACGGCGACAUUCCCGAAGACGUACUUUCGAUGGCCCUCUACAACGAACUCCAACCCGCUCGCGACACCACCGACCACAGCAGGAUGGCCCGAGGCGUUUCGAUGGAGCCGCGACCCCCCAUUGUUGCUCUCAUUUACGUCCCUCACAACCCUCGACUUCACACUUUACCUCUACGGGGCUUCCUCUCCCGACUCGAACUCGGGGACAACUGGUCCAUUCUCGACAAACUUCUCGGCGGAUUCGACUGCAACGUCCGGGAAGAGCCCUCUAUCAAUUCUGCACCACGCAACAUUCACACCAUCUGUCGCUGCUCGCACUCCUACGCCUUUCCUCACCUUCACUCCGUCUCACUCCGGGUCAUCUUGCUCCCAAUCACACCCGACGACAUGGAAUUGAUGGAGGAAGAUGCCGUCAUCCUCGAACAGCAUCAGGAGUACAAGCGGAAGCUUGAAAAACUGCUAGAAUGCAGAGGAUUGGCGACCUGUGACUGUGGUGGGUCGACCAACUGGAGGAUGAAGCCUUUGGAGUCUUAUUGGAAGCCUGAAGGCGACUUGGUGGAGACUUCGGUAUCCCCACCGCAAGAUCCUCGUCCGCUGUUCCCUCUGCUGCGGUCCCGGGUGUUUCACGAGAGGAGCCGCGGGUUCAACUUCACUGCCAUAGUAAACCUGAAGGAGAAAGUGUAUCCCAUGGAUGGCGGACUUCCUCGUAUGUUUGACAUCUAUACUCAUGUUCAAAUCUAA